AUGCUUGUUUGUGACCACGCAGAGUAUAAGCCAGAGCUGCCAAGCCAGCUGGACCUGCCUGAAGACUGGGACAGCCCUGACCUGGAGAAGACAGCAGUGCAGAAAUUCCUUUAUCCAGAUGAAGCAGAGCUGCCAGACGAUUUCGAAAUGCCGAUAUGGGAUCAUCUGGAGGAGCUGCGAGAGCGUGUGCUGCUGGGGGCCUUGGCAGCUGCGGUUGCUGUGCUGACCUGCUUCGCUUUCUCCAAGGAGCUUGUGGUGUUCUUAGAGGCCCCUGUUGCAAGUCAGGGUGUCCGCUUCCUGCAGCUGUCUCCUGGGGAGUUCUUCUUCACAACGCUCAAGGUGGCAGGCUACGCAGGAAUUCUGGUGGCCACACCCACGGUGCUCUAUCAGAUUGUGGCUUACGUUGUGCCGGGUUUGACAAAGUCAGAGAAGGAUUUGCUGGCUCCCAUCGUCUUUGGCUCCUCUAUCCUUUUCUACCUCGGGCUAUUCUUUUCUUAUGAAGUUUUGGCGCCGGCAGCACUGAACUUCUUUGUGACAUACGCUGACGGUGCUGUGGAAUCCCUGUGGUCUAUUGACCAGUACUUCGAGUUUGUCCUUGUCCUCAUGCUCAGCACUGGCCUGUCAUUCCAGGUGCCAGUGAUUCAAGUGCUUCUGGGCCAGGCUGGCAUCGUGACAUCAGCACAGAUGUUAAAGCAGUGGCGCUAUGUGGUCGUGGGUGCCACUGUGGCAGCAGCAGUGCUGACACCCUCGACAGACCCCUUCACACAGACCCUGCUGGCUGUCCCACUGAUUGGGCUGUACCUCGGAGGAGCUGCAUUUGUGCGAGUCAUAGAGCAGCGAAAGCUGACGCAAGGCACUGCUUGAAUAAAUAUUACAGGCUUUUAUUCAGCAGAUGACAUCUUCUGUGUUGCAAUCAUGUUUUGUUGGCUCGCCGCACUAUCAUCGAUGCGCUGCUUUGAUCACACCACUGUAAUGAAAAUCACGCGUUGUU